AUGCGAGCGAGGUCGAAAGCUCCUCCUGUGCUUCUCACGACGACUUCACCCAUCAAUCGAGCACCACUCCCCACUCAACACACCUCCCACAUCACCGCGAUCAUGCUCAAGAAGUACGUUCCAUCGCACAUUGUCCCUGACGCCGCCAUUGGCUUCCCAUACUGACCCGCCGCAGCGGCAUUGCUCGCGCUGCUCGCCCGGCUGCUUUCCGCAGCGUGAGGCCAGCAUUCAAGGCCUUCCAACCGCGCUCCUUCGCGCCCGCCAUCGCCCACCGCUUCGCCUCGUCCGACGCAGCCAAAGAUGGCAAGGUCCACCAGGUCAUCGGUGCCGUCGUCGACGUGAAGGUACGAAAGGCCGCAGGACAAGCGCCGAGAAAGGAUUUGCUGAGCUGAAUGACGCCUCUAGUUCCCGACCGACCAGCUCCCUCCCAUUCUCAACGCCCUUGAGACGACGAACGGUGGUCAGAAGUUGGUUCUCGAGGUCGCAGUACGUGGAAUCGGACACAUGCAGAUGCCGGUGGAGUCGAGGUGCUAACACGGCGGCAGCAACACUUGGGAGAGAACGUCGUGCGAUGCAUUGCUAUGGACGGUACCGAGGGUCUCGUCCGUGGCCAGACUGCCACCGACUCCGGCACGCCCAUUCUCAUUCCUGUCGGCCAUGGCACUCUUGGCCGUAUCAUGAACGUUACCGGUGACCCAAUUGACGAGCGUGGCCCAAUCAAGUCCGACAAGAAGCUUCCCAUCCACCAGGAAGCUCCAUCAUUCGUUGACCAGUCCACUUCCGCUGAGGUGCUUGUCACGGGUAUCAAGGUCGUCGAUCUGCUUGCCCCAUACGCCCGUGGCGGUAAGAUUGGUCUGUUCGGUGGUGCCGGUGUCGGCAAGACUGUGUUCAUUCAGGAGCUCAUCGUACGUAUUUGUUGUCGCAGCAAGGCGCAAGCGGCGACAGCUAACAGACUUGGCAGAACAACAUCGCCAAGGCUCACGGUGGUUUCUCCGUCUUCACUGGUGUCGGUGAGCGUACCCGUGAGGGUAACGAUCUGUACCAUGAAAUGCAGGAAACCGGUGUCAUUAACCUCGAUGGCGAGUCCAAGGUCGCUCUUGUCUUUGGUCAGAUGAACGAGCCCCCAGGUGCCCGUGCCCGUGUUGCUCUUACUGGGUAAGUUUCCUUCCCCCAUCACCAUCCCAAAGCACAGUCUGCAGCGUCUUCGCGGAUCAUCUCGAGGAUUCUGUUCAACAAUGAGCCAUCGGGGAGCCCUAUCGCCCCAUGUUUUUAAUAGCACAUGCGGAGACGAUCCCCCGAUGUGCGAAGACGCCGCACGCUAAGAAUAACUCCCCGUCCCAUUUUUUCAUACCACCAACCACCAUCUCACCCAACACCAUCUCAACACCACGACCAUCUGCUAACAUAUAACCACGACAAAAGCCUGACAGUUGCCGAGGAGUUCCGCGACGGCGAGGGACAGGACGUGCUUCUCUUCAUCGACAACAUCUUCCGCUUCACUCAGGCUGGUGCUGAAGUUUCUGCCCUGCUUGGCCGCAUCCCAUCCGCCGUCGGUUACCAGCCAACUCUCGCAGUCGACAUGGGUGGUAUGCAAGAGCGCAUUACUACCACCAAGAAGGGAUCCAUCACCUCCGUCCAGGCCGUCUACGUGCCCGCUGACGAUUUGACGGACCCCGCGCCCGCCACCACAUUCGCUCACUUGGACGCCACCACUGUAUUGUCUCGCGGCAUUUCUGAAUUGGGCAUCUAUCCAGCCGUCGACCCGCUGGACUCUGCAUCCCGCAUGCUUGACGCCCGUAUCAUCGGACAGGACCACUACAACACCGCCACCCGCGUUCAGCAGAUGCUUCAAGAGUACAAGUCUUUGCAGGACAUCAUUGCUAUUUUGGGCAUGGACGAGUUAUCUGAGCAGGACAAGCUUACUGUCGAGCGUGCCCGCAAGAUCCAGCGCUUCCUGAGCCAGCCUUUCACCGUCGCUCAGGUCUUCACCGGUAUCGAGGGCAAGCUGGUCGACUUGAAGGAAACCAUCAGCUCAUUCAAGAAGAUCAUGGACGGCGAGGGCGAUGACCUCCCAGAAGGUGCUUUCUACAUGGUUGGUGACUUUGCGGAAGCACAGGAGAAGGGCAAGAAGAUUCUGGCAGAUCUCGAGAAGUCAUCGUAG